AUGACUACCCGCAGUUCUGACACAAAUAUCUCAAAAGCCCCUGCUGGCCUCGAUGGUCUUGCUCCCCGAGUGGUACAAAUCACUGCCGAUGAGUGGAAGAGCUUCAGGGAAAGGGAUACUCGACUAUUACCCAGGAAAAACGAGACCUUUCUCGACUAUGUGUCUCGCGUCAAGGGCUGGAAAUAUUUCAAUGAUAGCUCCAGAUUUAAAGAAUCUAUGUCAUGGGCAGCAGAUAGGGUAUAUCGAAGUUAUUUCCGGGCUCAGGAUGCCUGGGACGGGCUCCGAUACCGCGUGAAGUUUCGUGGAUUCUGCUCUUGUACGGAUGUGGUUGCCCAGAGAAAGGUACACACGUUUUGGCCUACACUCUCCGACUUCCAAAGAACCGCAUCGGCCUGCUGUGGAAGAUGUUGGUUCAUUGUGCAGAGUAUCGCAUUGUAUAGGGCGAGAUACGCUGGCGUAGACCCUGCCAAAAUUCAGGUGCACAUCAGAGCCAAGGGUCAUUCCGACUAUCAAGGCGAUUUUUCCAGGAUCCGAGUCAGAUGGCUCCCAGAUGGAUCGAGUCCAACUCUGGAACCGUACUUGGCGCAGCUAUGUCAAGAGUAUAAUAACGUUGAUCUGGAGCUAUAUGCGGACGAAGGGUACAAGAUCGAUCAUCGCCUCUUCCGCCGGGCACUGCCGCCGGUUAGAUCUGAUGAUGACAUUUGUGUUGACAAGAUCAAACACUGGAUCGAUGAGUGCGUUCGGGAGCAUGGAUGCGGAAUUGCUUUGACCGAGAGAGGACUCCCUACACGGCUAGUAGAUGUGAGUCCUGACGACCGGACUGAAAGUAUCAGGCUUGUUGUCGGCUCAGAAAUCCCGGUCGACAAUACUCCAUUCGCAGCGCUUAGCCACUGCUGGGGCGAUAAAAAGGAUCGAGUCAAGGCAAUACCGACAACAACCAGGGCCACAUUACCUCGACACUUGGACAACAUUGAGUGGGAGGAUCUGACACCAACAUUCCGCGAUAGUGUCACGAUUGUUCGUCGGCUCGGGCUCCGGUACGUCUGGAUUGACUCACUCUGUAUCGUGCAGGACGAUGGUGCAGACUUCGCUCGAGAGGCAGCACGCAUGGCAUUGAUCUAUAGUCAGGCAGACCUUGUCAUUGCUGCCACUAGAGCGAGCACCGGCGAUGCGGGAUUGUUCCACGAUCGGCGAGGAGGACCAAAAUUAACCAUUCAUGAAACUCAUCCACACAAAAGGUCCUACAUCCAUGUAAAAGAGGCCAUUUCACACGAUGCCUUUCUGACUAACGACCCCUACCGUUUCAACACAACGCUCCUAUUUGAACGAGCUUGGUGCUUUCAGGAGCGACUUCUGGGAAAACGAGUCGUACACUUCUCGGCGGAUGAGACUGUCUUCGAAUGUGGAAGGAAUAUUGACUGCGAGUGCAGGUACAUCAAGUCUCGCAGCAAUGCGGGCACGUUCAAGACCACAACACUCAAAUCUCUCAGCCACGUCAAGAGUCCCAAUUCUCGGGUCGAGCUGUGGUAUUCGGUGGUAGAGCCAUACUCCGCGUCUGCACUACACAACGAAACAGAUAGACUUCCAGCACUCUCCGGCUUUGCUAGGCUGAUUGCUUCGCGUGAGUUGGGAGGGUAUUUCGCCGGACUCUGGGGGUACGAAUUCCCAGCUGGGCUGUUGUAG